CAGCGGGGGAGCCGGGAACAGCCCCCGGCGGGUACGGGGCCGGGGGGCCGGGGCCAUCGCCGCCUCCCCGCCAGCCCCCGGCCCCCGGCGGCACGGGCACGGCGCUCCCCGGAGCCCGCGGGGACCAGCAGCGUCCCUCCGGCACGGCGGGACGGAGCGGCCCGGCCGCCCGGGGUGCGGGGACCGCAGCCCAGCCUGGACCAGGGACAAACACGGGACGCAGAGAAACUCCCUCCGAAACUCGCUUCAUCCCCAUUAGCAAAGGGGGAAUGAACCCCGCCAGCCCCGCAGCCCCGCGCCGCGGGCCCCACUCUGCGGGGAACGCCACGGCGAGACGUGGAAAGCACAAAGAACUUGCUGACAAGAGCAGUGAUGGUGCCCACGCUGCGACUGCCACUGCUGGGGCCACCGCCGUGGGUGGCCGGAGCCGGACGCUGGGUACGACACCAGGAGCAGCUCCUGGAGCAGCUGGCACUGGACGGGACAGGCAGGAGCAGCGGGGAGCAGCUCCUGGAGCAGCUGGCACUGGACGGGACGGGCAGGAGCAGCGUGGAGCAGCUCCUGGAGCAGUUGGCACUGGCCAGGAUGGGAAGGAGCAGCGGGGAGCAGCUCCUGGAACAGCUGGCACUGGCCAGGAUGGGAAGGAGCAGCGGGGAGCAGCUCCUGGAGCAGUUGGCAUUGGCCAGGAUGGGCAGGAGCAAGCAGGAAGCAGCCCUGGGAUGCACAGAGUCCUGUCCAUGGAUGCAACGCUCGCCCCGAGAGACCCCCGAGCUCCCGGCCAGUUUGGACACCCUGUUGCUGUCCCUGAUGAUAAACAAGAAGAAGCAAAAAGUAGGUGGAAAGAAGGAAACUUUAAUGUCUACCUCAGCGAUCUGAUACCUGUGGAUCGAGCCAUCGCAGACACCAGGCCUGCCGGGUGCUCUGAGCAGCAGGUCCAUGACGACCUCCCGACCACCAGCAUCAUCAUGUGCUUCGUGGAUGAGGUGUGGUCCACCCUCCUGCGCUCCGUGCACAGCGUCCUCAGCCGCUCUCCUCCGCACCUCGUCGAGGAGAUCAUUCUGGUGGAUGACUUCAGCACCAAGGAGUACCUGAAGGAGCAGCUGGACGUGUACAUGUCGCGCUUCCCCAAGGUGAAGAUCCUGCGCCUCCGGGAGAGGCACGGGCUGAUCCGGGCCAGGCUGGCGGGAGCCGAGGUCGCCACAGGCGCCGUGCUGACCUUCCUGGACUCGCACGUGGAGUGCAACGUGGGCUGGCUGGAGCCGCUGCUGGAGCGGGUCCGCCUGCGCCGGACCAAGGUCGCCUGCCCCGUCAUCGAGGUCAUCAGCGACAAGGACAUGAGUUACAUGACCGUGGACAACUUCCAGCGUGGGAUUUUUACUUGGCCAAUGAAUUUCGGAUGGAAGCAGAUUCCACAAGAGGUCAUUGAGAAAAAUAAGAUCAAGGAAACUGAUAUAAUAAGGUGCCCCGUCAUGGCAGGUGGCCUGUUCUCCAUCGAUAAGAAGUAUUUUUCUGAGUUGGGAAUGUACGACCCAGGACUGGAUGUCUGGGGAGGGGAAAAUAUGGAGAUUUCAUUCAAGGUCUGGAUGUGCGGAGGAGAGAUCGAGAUCGUUCCGUGCUCCCGAGUCGGGCAUAUUUUCAGGAAUGACAAUCCUUACUCCUUCCCAAAAGACCGGGUGAGGACGGUGGAGAGGAACCUGGCCCGCGUGGCAGAGGUGUGGCUGGACGAGUACAAGGAGCUCUUCUACGGCCACGCCUACCACCUGCUGCUGAGCGCCGUGGAUGUGGGCGACCUGAGCCAGCAAACCCAGCUGCGGGAGAAGCUCCAGUGCAAAAGCUUCCGGUGGUACCUGGAGAACGUGUACCCGGACCUGGAAGCCCCCCUGGUUAAAGCCAGUGGGCUGCUCGUUAACGUGGCCCUGGCGGGGUGCAUCGCUGUGGAAGGCACCGCCCUGGCUUUUCAGGAGUGCGAUGUUAACAACACGAACCAGAAGUUCAACUACACCUGGCUGAGGCUGAUCCAGCACGGAGAGCUCUGCCUCGCCCCGGCUGGCGUCGUGGGAGCCGUGGGCCUGCGCCACUGCCGGGGCAGGAGCCGCAGCCUGGCCUGGCUCCACAGGUCGCUGGCCACUGUCCAGCCAGGGCUGACCGACCACCUCAUCUCGGAGCACCAGCACCUCCCGCGGCCGGCGUGCCUGGAAGUGGAUCCCUCGUACAAAGCGCUGAGGGUGAAGGGCUGUGACCCCAGGAACCCCCACCAGAAGUGGCGGUUUGGCAGGUACCACGUGGACUGAGGCCAGCCCGGCCAGCCCGGCCGUGGUGGCACCACUGGGGCAUCACCAUGGGCUCAGCGGGGACAGCGGCGUGGCUGACGGCAGCCUCCAAGAGAGAAGUGCAUUUCCAGUGCAUUUCCAGGGGAACUGGAAUCCGUGGUGUGAUACCAGAGCAUGGAGGAAUCUGAACACGCAGAGCAGCACGGCUGCUGUGGCAGGGCCUGAACGGAGCGGCCUCGUUUUCCCUCGCCGUAGGAGACUUUGGGAAAAACUUGGUUUCGGUAUUAUUAAAUGGAAAUAUUUUUUGAA